AGAGCUUGGUCUCUCGCGGAAGAGCGUUUGUAAGCAGCGGCCGCGCGCUCCUUCUGCGCUCCACCGAGAGGCCCCGCGCUGCGGCUGGCUGAGCCAGGACGCGGCGAUCACGGCUGGGCAGGGACUUCCUUCCUCCCUGGCGGGACAACAGAAACACCCGUAACCCGCACUGAGCUCCUGGCAACCAGCAGAGCUAGAGCGCAGCCAUGGGCUCCCUGCUGAGCAGCGACAACUCCAAGUCCUCGCCAGCCUCCGCCCCUCCGCGGACCCUGGAGGGCAGCGGGGACCCGGAGCUGCCCAUCACCUCCUUCGACUGCUCGGUGUGCCUGGAGGUGCUACACCAGCCUGUCCGGACCCGCUGUGGCCACGUGUUCUGCCGGUCUUGUAUUGCAACCAGUAUAAAGAACAACAAAUGGGCAUGUCCAUAUUGCCGGGCAUGCCUUUCUUCAGAGGGAGUGCCAGCAACUGACAUAGCCAAAAGGAUGAAAUCAGAAUACCAGGACUGUGCUGAGUGUGGGACCCUGGUUUGCCUCAGUGACAUGAGGGCACACAUAAGGACCUGUGAGAAGUACAUCGACAAGUACGGGCCGGUGCAAGAGCCUGGAGAGACAACAGGAAGAUGCGUAUGCCCAUUUUGUCAGAGGGAUCUGGAUGAAGACGGCUUGCUGGAUCACUGUAUUACCCAGCACAGAUCAGAAAGGAGACCCGUGUUCUGCCCGUUUUGCCAUUUACUACUUAAUCAGAGCCCAAGUACCUUCAAUGGCAGUUUAAUUAGACAUUUGCAAGUCAGCCACACUUUGUUUUAUGAUGAUUUCAUGGAUUUUGAUAUAAUUGAGGACGCCCUUAUCCGAAGAGUGCUGGACCGCUCACUUUUUGAAUAUGUGAACCACUCAAACACCACAUAAUUUUAUGAAUAGGAAGGGGACCGCUCACUUGUACCAUUUUAAGAAGCUGCUUAAAGGACUUUAGGGAAAUUGUCAAUGUCAGACGGAGAAAAAUGUACUACAGUGUGAUAUUCUUGUCUUCGUUGUGUUACAUUCAGAACCUGCUGUCAUUCUGGUUUAGAUUUGCCUUUACAUUCUUGAGUUUCUUAGACAUUUAACCACAAGAAAUGGCCUCCACUGGUUAUUACCCAAUGGAAGAGACCUAGGCUGAGG